UGUGAAGCCACUUUAUGUAAAGUACGUUUGAAGUAAAUAUAUAAAAGCAAAUUGCUAAAUAAAACGAAAUUCAUAUAUAUUUUUAAACAGUAUCAAAUUAUUAUUAUUUCUAUGGCAUAUUUGAAUCUGAAUCUUUGUCGUGUGUUAAGAUUUGUUUGGUAGGUUUUGGCUGUCAAGUGACGCCAGUGUUGCUCAUUUGAGCGCAAGAGACAGGCGGGACAGUCUGCAUUGAGAUGUUAAGUAGGAGUCUCUAUAUAAACCCACUUAGGGGGCCUUGUCUUCAUUCGUUCGCAAGAGAGGCAAAGGGAUUACCUUCAAGGAAACCAGGAAAUAAGAAGCAGAAUGGUGGCGACAACAGACUCCUCAGAGAAGUCCAAAACUAUCGUUGGAAACAAGGUUUCCAAACCACUGAUGGAAAAGAAACGAAGAGCUCGCAUAAACAAAUGUUUGGAGCAGUUAAAAUCUCUGCUGGAGAACUUCUAUAGCAGCAGUAUUCGAAAACGCAAACUGGAAAAGGCUGACAUCUUGGAGCUCACAGUGAAACAUCUCAGGAACUUGCAAAAGAUCCAGAGCUGUGCUGCCUCUACCUCAGAGUUUUCCGAUUAUCAAAUGGGCUUCCGUAGUUGCAUGGCAAACGUCAGUCAAUAUCUGAUGAUGGCGGACAAUGUCAACGGCAGAGACAACUUGAUGUUAUCGCAGCUCUCUUGUAAACUCAACCGCUCCCGUGCACGAGAGGAAGUCUUCAGCACCAUGGACAGCGGCCUGGGUCAGGCUGAGGCACGAGAUGAGGCGCCGAGGCUUCUUCCAUCUACAGCGAGACCCGAGGAGAGAAAAAUGGUCACGUGGAAAGCUCUGAAGCCCCACAGCACGAGCGCGAAUCCAUCUUUGCCAAUUAAAGACUCACAGAAGCCACAAGUUACCAAAGAUGCUGACUGUGUACAGGCUCCUAAACAAAAUACUCGUGAAAACAGUCCAAGUCACAACAAGUCUCACAACGUUAGUCACAAGAAUGAAGCUGCACACACUCGGGAAAACGUGUGGAGGCCUUGGUAGAACUGUUGGAAAUCUUUUAUAAAGAUGUCAUAGAGAAUUUUAAUGUUUACAACUGCACUGUAUAUAAUUACACAAUAAGCUUCUUCUUUUUAUAUUGUCAAUAGUUUAUUUUUUA